UACCAAAUCCAUGUAUUCGAACAGGGAAGUGAGAUAAGACUACAAUAUUCCUUAAAGGUAAAACAUGUAAAUGCUUUUAAAACUGACUAUUAAAAACUAAUACAAAGGCAAAAAUAUCAACAAACCGAAAUAUUAAUAUUGGAACAAUUUUGACAUCCUUGGAUCGACUUAAUACUACAUAGACUUUUUGACGACAAUGCGCACUAUUGUGAUUUUGCUACUACUCUUUCCCCUCGUCAGUGCAUUUUUAGAGACUUCACUGGAUCUGAAUUGUGUUAAUGAUUAUGAAAAGGAAAUGACAUGCCAUAUGACUCCAGACAAUACCAACGACUGCUCUGAAUACAAACUCAAUGUUUCUCUUGACGUUCAACCAACGAAAACAUUUAUAUGCAGGUUUGAGCACAUCUAUUCCAGUGCAUGUGAAUGCAAGUUCCAAGUUAACGGCUUUGUUGUUGGAGAGACCUUCAAGGCUAAUCUGUUGAGAAAAGGAAAUGUUUUGUUUACCAAAUAUAUCAAAACUAGAGAAAGCAUCAAGCCUAAAAGACCAAUCAUCAUAUCAAUCAGUCUGACAGAAAAUGGCAACUUUCGUAUUACUUGGGACACCAAAUAUACCCAUGGUACGGUAUUUUAUGAAAGUCUGUCUGUAGAGCUCACCUACAGUGUUAAAGGAAGCACACACAAUGUGUCCACAGACCCAAUGAAAGUAGAUCAAACUAACUAUGAGUUUGUGGGUAGAAACCUUCAGCCUAAUUCCAACUAUAUUGUUUGGGCAAGAGUGGUUACAAAUUAUAACGAUAUAUACAGUGACUACAGUGAACCAUAUGAGUUCAGCACAUCACUCUCUUUACAGAAAAUUCUGAAGAUAAUAAUUCCCAUUUCAUGUGUCAUUCUGAUCUUCUUUAUACUCACCAUCUACUACUGUUACAUCAAAAUCGUGAGGGAGUGGUGGGAUAAGAUUCCUGUCCCAACAAUAACUCACAGUUUUGAAAAAAAGGUCCCACAUUUCCCUUCAUUUCAAAAUGAGUUCAAUGCUGUCCAUCUUGAAACUUCAAAACUGGACAAAAAUGGCGAGACAAGGAAAUCAUAUUCAAACGUAGACAACAGGAGUGAACCCCGUCAGCAUAGUCUUGGCCAUUAUGGCGAUUUAUCUCACGUGAUUUAUGCCCAAACUGGCUAUGAGAGUGUGGAAGAAACAGAUGCUAAGUGUGAUUUGCAUAAGAAGGACCAAGCAGGUCCAAACCAUCAAAUGCCAGAAUCUAAUGCAAUUCAAAAAUAUCUGCAACCAAACAAUAUGGAUUCAGAUUUGAGGGUGGAGUGUGGGAGUAGCUCUGGUUCAUCCUUCAGCAAUAGGUGCUAUAUGGGAUCAGACUCCUCAGGCUCCUGUUUUCGAGACCAACCCAUUAGACACUCAGCCCACUGCCAAAAUGACAGAAAGGAUUUAUUUUCUUCUUUGCCUCAGAACCUGGAGCCACUGAUACCAACAGACUUUGAGUACAGCCCAUGUAAUGGCUGUUCAGGGUCUGCUGACACCAGCAUGACACAUCUCCCUCCCUCCAGCAAUGACUUUACUGUGAUUCUUGGAUAUCAGAGCACCAGUGAGGUCCUGGAUCAUGGCAACAAGCCAGAGACAGAUGCAUCUCUGGACCAGGCAUUUAUUAGCUCUCACGAUGAUGUUAAUCAGAUGCUGGAAAUGGCAUUUUGCAGUACGAAUGCACAGGAUGUUUCACUGCCUGGCUGUGAAAGCACCAUUAUGCCAGUUGAUAAUGGAUAUCAGCCUUUCCAAAGCUUAGAUCGAAACACAGGAGAACAGUGGAGUGCCGACUGCAGCACUGAACUACAACAGAGCAUCCUUCAGACUGCAGCUGGGACAGCCUGUCAUAGUGUGAGCUGUAGCACUCAGCAGGCACAUGCACCAUCAUUAAAAGGUCUUUGUCAUCCUCUUUUGCAUAUUUCUCUAGGCAUUCAAAUUGACUGUUCUUAUCAGAAGGUUUGACAUCACACCUCAUAAUAGAAUUUCUUGAAUUACAUUAUAUAGUACAGUAUAUUGUACAGAAAAACAAUUAUACUUGUUCUGGGGAAAUAUUGUGUUAUAUGCCCUUUUCUCUAUUUAUGCUGCACUCUGUAAUUGACCUACUCUCCACAUCUGAUUAUUAUGUUCAAUUCCGUAGAAUUUAGUUCUUAGAAAUCUGUAAAACCUGGGUGUGAUGCAAGAUAUUCUAGGUAGUGUAUAAAACAAGAUAGCAGGUCUGUGUACUUCAUAGUGUACUUUUAUUGCAUAUGUUGUGUAUGAUACCAUGAGGAGGGUGAGCUUGUCACCUCAUCAUUGACUCAUGAAAAAACAUUUGAGACAAAAUCCAAUGCUUUCAUAAUACCCGUAAACCAAUUCUUUGACACCAAAAGCCUGUAUAUACUUGGGAGUUUAUGAACAUUUUCAUAAGUCAUUUACCAACAGCUUGUUAAGACAGUGUUGCAAAAUUACCUAAUAUUUGCUGUUUUAGAUAAAGCAAGAAGCAUGUUUUGAACA